GCAUGCGUAAUUGAAAUGUUUUCUCUUGAAAAUACAACUUCCGUUUACCGCAUUUUACAUUAUUUUAAAGUAAAGAAUCUCUUAUUCUGUUAUAUCUCAUAUUUAAAAGAAUGCCGACAAUUGAAAGUGAGAAAAAUGAAACAGAAGAAGAGGAGAUGGACCACGAACCAGCUGAAAGCGAUAAAAGCUCAGACGAAGAAUCAGAAUCUGGCUCUGUUGACGACGACGAAAUAUCUGACCUAGAUGAAGAAGAAUAUGACCACAGAAGAACUCAUUGUUUAGAUGAAAUGGCAGAUCUGGAAAGGCAGUUUUCUGAUAUAAAAGAGCAACUAUACAAGGAAAGAAUGAGUCAGAUAGAACAGAAACUGAUUGAGAUGAAGGCAGGAAAAGCAGUAGAGUAUUUAAAUCCUUUGGCAGAAUUACAAGAAAACAUGAGGAUAAACAUAGAAGUAGCAGGCAUUUUGAGAGAGUACAUGAAACAAAAUAUUCAAAGAAAAGUUGAAAGUGAAGAAAUUGGUGCAAAACAAAAUAUGGAGAGUGAAAAGGCCCUGUUGUAUGACUCAAUAAAAGCUGAUUUAGAGGAUAAGAUCAGAAGACUGGAGGAAGAUAGACAUAAUAUAGACAUAUCUUCAGAUUUAUGGCAUGAAUCUCAUAUUUCAAAGAAAAACAAAAAGAAAAAUGAUUCUUUUUCUACAGAUCGAAGGAAAAAGCCAGUUACAAUCACAGGACCAUAUAUUGUGUAUCUUUUGAGAGAUGUAGAUAUUAUUGAAGAUUGGACAGAAAUUAAAAAGGCAUUAAAACAUAGUCAGAAGAGGAAAUUAGAGUGUGAAUUCUGAAUUCAUUAGGUAAAGAAGGAAUUCCAAGCAGUCUGUGAUAGUUCACCCCAGAACUUAGGGAACCAGAAAUGACAGAACAGAGGCAUUUAUCUGGUACCUGGUUUAUUGGUGAAUCUUUUGGGCACCAGUGCUGUGUUGUACAACAGACAGAAAGUUGCAUAUCAAAGAUUCAAAGUUGUACUGAAAUGUUAAAUGAAAUGAUAGUACAUUGUAAUUCUUUGACCAUCAAAAUGGCAUUUUUUUAUGUUUGAAUGAUGGAUGGUGUACCAAGUAUGAAAGAGUGACUACGUUCCAUUUCAUUAUUUCAUUUAAUUUAGGUAUUCAUUUUGUUUGAAAAAUUAACGUCAGAAACCCUGAGUAAAGCAAAGAAAAGAGUUGUUUUUUAGGUAAAGGAUUAUUUGUAAUUGUAACUGGUUAUCAGAAGUACAAAUGAUAGGUUUUUAUAAACUGUGCCAAAUUAUUGUUUUUAUCAAUUAUUAUGAAAGAGUUUAUGUAACCAAGCUUAAUUCAAGCUACAUAUUGUGUAUGGGAUGCUAAAUUCCAAUGGAUUGUGAAUUUAUGAGGAUAUAAAAAAUGUUUUGAGGAAAAGACCUUUCCUCUAGAAUUAAGAAAUAGAAGAUAUAAUUGAAUAGUUAUAGGAGAUAAAAAAUACAAAGGAGGGUUAAUCAUUUAGUUUUCUAGCCUUAUAUCACUACAGGACAAUUUAUAAAAUUGAAUCAUUGGAGUUACACCCCAAAUUAUAUUACAAAGCACAUUUCAUAAGACAUUUAUUUCCAUAAUGUGUUAUGUGAUGUCUGUUACAUUUUUUACAUUUUUGUACAUGGUUGUAGUAGAAAUAAAUAUCUUUGAUCUGUGAGGGUCAAGUGAUUUACAAGACACACAUUCUGAAUAUAUCUUAAAAUAAGAUUUUGACACAGAUUUUUUGGUUUCAAUAAUGAAAUGGAAAUUGUGAUGGAUGCAUAUUUUUGUAUCUUCAAGUUUACUAGUAAUCAAAUUUUAAAACAUUUUAUAACUUUUUAAAAGAAUUUUGUAAUAUAUUGUGAAUGUUUGAGAAAAACUUUUAAAAUAAUCAUGCUUAUUAUUAAUCACUACAUCAAUUAAUUUUCAAUUCAGUAAGCAGCAGAGUUAGAUUUGGGCCUAUUUUAUGAGCUGGUGCAUAACCAUUUUUGGUUGAACAUAGAUCAUUAAAAAAAAACAAUCUGAAAUCAUGUCUUAGUUGUAUUUUGUUUGUAUGUCUCAUUUAUUUUAUGUUUGGUUCAUGCUGUUAAGUUUUAGUGUAUAUCAAAGAAUGAUAUUGUGAUCAUUGUCAAAUAAAAUAUUAAAAAACA